AUGAAAGAAGAAAUCUCAGCUCUUGUAAACAAUCAAACAUGGAAAAUAGUUGCACUACCUAAAGGGAAAACUAUAAUAGGAUGGAAAUGGAUCUACAAGAUCAAGUACAAGGCCAAUGGUGAAGUUGAAAGGUUUAAAGUGAGACUAGUAGCUAAAGGAUACAGUCAAAGAGAAGGAAUUGACUAUCAAGAAACAUUUUCACAAAUAGUGAAAAUGGUUACAGUCAGAAUUACUGGUAUGUCAGUUGCCAAACCACUAUCAACUCCUAUUGACAACAAUGUCAAACUCAAAGCAAGGCAAUAUGAUGAACAUAUGAGUGAAACUGAAAAAUCAGAUGAUCCUCUAGCAAAUCAAGAAGCCUAUUAA